AUGGUAGAGUUCCAAUGCCGACGUUUCCAAUUGCUUGUAAAUUUUAUAUUGGCUUGGGCAGCAGCAGAACUAUUCGAGAUUGAUACUCCAUUAUUUGCAGUUGUCGAAACAGAAAGGAUACUAGUUAGAGUCCCAAGCGAUGUAAUAUUUGGUUGUCCCCCAGCAGUGAGUCCUUACCAGAAUCUAAUACCAGAGCCUUUGAAGCUUGAGCGGUUCCAGCAGUUAUACCUGAAACAUAUGAUAAUCCGCUCAAGUCUAACGCAGCUCCACCAAUCGUCAGAGAACCGCAAUCAAGAUUGCCGAUCACGCUCAAUGCAGAUAACGUUCCAACACCACCAAGCCGCAAGUAUCUUCGAUCGCCUGUAG